AUGGGAUCGUGGAUUGGACAUAUUGCACCCGGUAUAUUUUUUAUUUUAUUCGCGUUUUGGUGGCAUAUCAAUAAUUGUGUACGUUAUCUGAGAUCAUUAGCUAGUGAAACGAUUGGAGAAGAAAAACAAAAACAAGUCAAAUUUCGAGGAUCAACAACAUAUCCAUUUAAUUGUUUACCAAGUAAAACUCUUCGUCAUUUGCCUUUAGAAAGUAUUAUAAAAAUUCUCAUAACAACUAUUCAUUUUUCAAUUGAAAUACAUAAUGGUUAUAACAAAGAACCAACACCUCAUAUUAGAGAGGAAAAUGCUCAUCAUACAGCAAUGCUAUUUGGUUUUUUUCUUGGUGCAUGGGUUGAAAUACUUGUUCAUUAUAAAAUUUUAGUACUAAAACGUAUAACACAAGCUAUGGGAUUCUUAGCUUUUGCUAUAGAAGGUUUAAUGAUGGUAUUUCAUUUACAUGCUCGAUCUAUGAUUGAUGCUCAUAUACAUCAAUUAGUUGGUUUAACAAUAGUAUGUUCAAUGAUUGGAGCUUUAUGUGAAACUUUUGAUCCAGAUAAUUUUUGGUUUAUUAUUGCACGAAGUUUUUUUGCUUUAACACAAGGUACAUGGUUUCUUCAAGCAGCAUUUGUUAUAUGGCCUAAAACAACAAAUCCAUUAUUUGUUUGGGAACCUAACUCUCAUCGAUCAGUUUCAUUAUUAACAAUGUCAUAUGCAUAUCAUUUAGCUGGUGAUGCUUUGAUAUUAAUUAUUGUUUAUUUAUUAAUUUAUAUGUCAAUGAAAUCACAUAUUAAAUUAAAUAAUAGUGAAACUGAUGAUGAUGAUGAUUAUGAUGAAGAAGAAAGAAUUGCGCAUUAUAAAUUAAUUUCAAAUAUACAUGAAGAAAAUUUUGCUUGA